GGUAGGUUGAAGCCAGCCGGGUUGGUUCCAAUUUUAAACCCUAAACCCUUCUCAUCGUCAUCAUAACUGGAACAAAUCUAUGGCUUACAGGCGUAGUCUCGCUACAAAGACGAGACUUUUCUCUCAACAACGAUUUGCCCCCUCGUUUUCUUAUGUUCAUCACGAAGACGAUCGUAAAAAUCAAUAUUCGGAUGAGAAAAUUUGGAGCGCUCUCCAAAGUAGUAGAUCAUUUAGUUGCGUCGGUAACACCACCAAAACUUCGUUAGGAUUUGGCGGAGGCGGUGGCAGUGGCAGUUUUCGAGAUCCAAGAUGGUCUCAAUUUCUUCAUGUACCGAUGACAACAAGUGGAUUUUUGUUAUCUAGAAAUAUGUCCACUACUAUUGGAGAUGGAUCUGGGGCGGAGAAGAUCGAGUACAUGGCCGAUGUGGCUGAUAUUCUAGCUGAUAAAACGAUGGAAGUUGUGUCCACUCAAGCCCCUGCUGUUAGUGAAGUUGCUGUUGCUGCUGCGGAUUCUUGGCUACCAGUUGCAGCAUUACAAUAUGCUAUUGACGGGAUUCAUAACUUUACUGGAAUGAACUGGUGGACAAGCAUAAUAAUAACAACUGUCGUGAUUAGAACCUUGUCAAUUCCAAUCAUGAUUAAUCAGCUGAAGGCGACCUCCAAGCUAACAAUUUUGAGACCAGAAUUGGAGCAGAUUAAGCAGGAGAUGCAAGAUAAGGGUAUGAGUCCAUCAGCUGUAGCUGAAGGUCAGGCAAAAAUGAAGAGGGUAUUCUCGGAGCAUGGUGUUAGUACAUUUACUCCAUUGAAGGGGCUUUUCAUUCAAGGCCCUGUCUUUGUCAGCUUUUUCCUCGCUAUUCAGAACAUGGUGGAAAAGGUUCCAUCUUUUAAAACCGGCGGUAUAUCUUGGUUCCUCGAUCUUACAACGGCUGAUAGUUUUUAUAUUCUUCCUUUUUUGACGGCAUUUUCAUUCUGGAUAACUGUAGAGUUUAACAUGCAAGAAGGUUUGGAAGGUAAUCCCGCUGCUAACACAAUGAAGAAUGUUUCAAGGGGUUUUGCUGCUCUUACAGUUCCCCUUACUGCAAACUUCCCAAAGGCUCUCUUUUGUUAUUGGAUCACCUCCAACCUGUUCUCCCUUGUAUAUGGUCUAAUUAUUAAAAGACCGAACGUGAAGAAGUUGUUGAACAUACCCAUAAUAGUACCUCCACCACCAUCUGCCACCAGUCAAUCGCAACCGGCAUUCUCCUUCUUCGAAGGCCUAAAAAAGUACGCCGCUGCGCAAGCAAUGAAACAACAUGAACCAAAACCGACUACCACAAGUCAAAGUACAACCUCAACACCACUUCUGAGUCAUAAUAAGCCAAGUUCAGAAGAAAACAAAUAUACAAAUGGAAAAGUAUCUUCAUCAUCAGUCCUCAGCCACAGGAUCAAAAAUCUAGAGAAAGAAGUGAAGGGAAGAAAGAAGAACAAGAGGAGGUGAGCAUGCAAUUGCAAAAUGUGAUUGAUGGAAGGUUUUGAAUCAUGAUGGGGAUUUAGCAAAUAAUUCCCAUUUGAAUAAAUGCAAUAACUUAUCAUCAUAUAUAUCUUUUUGACAUUAUAUAUGAACACAAGAGAUAGUAAAAUUUGAGGAUUGGUUUACAAAAACACUUUUCAUGAUGUAAUGUUUACUAUUUUGCUUGUUAGAGGGAAGAGGGAGUGUAGGAAAUUAGGAAGUUAAUUACAGCCACAAGAUGGUUUUACCAUGUAAACAUGCUGUUUUUUUAUGUUUUCAUUUUAUUUUGUUGUCCC